AUGAUUUUGCAACUGGUGACUGCUGCUCUCGCUCUUCUUGGAUCUUACCUCUUCAUGAGAGUUCGACAUACGAGGCUCAAACAAUACGCUACUUUUCCUCAAUUACGUCCAUCCCUUAUUCUAGGACACCUGGGGAUUAUGGGUGGCUUUGUGCGUUCAGGCAAGCCAAAAGGUCAUCCAGAUCUCGCACUUGCCGCCAUGAACGAGGCUCUAGGCAGGCCGCCUCUCAUGUUUGUUGAUCUUAGGCCUGCUGGCCCGCCAAUGGUAGUCGUGAGAAGUCAUGAAGUGGCUGAGCAGAUCUCCAAAGCAUCUGAGCGCUUCCCCCACAGUCUUCCCAAGAUGUCCGAAGUAUAUGAGCAUAUGAUCUACAUGACUGGUCCAACGUCAAUACUCAGCUCGCAGGGUGAAGACUGGAAGUUGCUGCGCAAACGUUACAAUGCCGGCUUUGCACCACAGUACUUACUAGCCUUCUUGCCCCGAAUCCUUGAAAGGUCCUUCACUUUCCUCGGUCAUCUGGAUGAUCUCGUAGCAAGCUGUCAAAGUUUCUCACUCGUCAACCUUACACGCAACCUAACCUUCGAUAUAAUCGGUAGUGUUGUAAUGGAUUGUAACUUUGGUGCCCAAAAUAAGAAUCAGCGAACUGACUUCACGAAUACCUACCAAGCGCUACUCCGUACAUAUGAAGGUGAACAGAUAGAUCUCCCAUGGUACUUCACACCACGAGUAGAGUGGAGACGCCGUCAGCUCGCAGGUCGUGUGAGAGAGACGCUCCGAACCGUCGUUGGUGACGCAUUUAACAAAAGGAACCAUCAGACCGCACCAAACAAAUCUCGGAGCAUUCUCUCCUUAAGUCUUCAGGAUGUCGACGUGUUGACCGAUCGAGCAAUCGAUGAGGCCUGUGACCAACUAAGCACGUUUUUGUUUGCGGGACACGACACAACGAGUAUUCUGCUGUCUUGGAUGUUCUACGAGUUAUACCGUACACCUCAUGUUCUCCGAGCCCUUCACGACGAAUUGAACAGUCUCUUUGGGUUAGACUCUAACCCAUCUGUCGUGCGCGACAUAUUACUUUCGGACAGAGGCCAUGACAUCUUGAACCGUAUGACCUAUACCUCGGCUAUUAUCAAAGAAACUCUACGUCUAUGGCCUCCAGCCGGUACAGUUCGCACUUUACCUCUCGGUACUCAUCUCAAGAUAGAAACAUCGAAUGGCGAGUAUAUGUUAGAAGAAGGAGCCGUCAUCUAUAGUUGCGCAACCAUGAUCCAUCGAGAUCCAGAGGUGUACGCGGACACGGCUAACGACUUCGUGCCGGAAAGAUGGUUGCCCAACGUGGCCAACCAAAUCCCAAUUUCAGCCUGGCGUGGAUUUGAGAGAGGUCCACGUAACUGUAUUGGACAAGAGUUGGCAACGUUGGAGGCGCGGAUCGUGGUUGCGCUUAUUGCGCGCCGUUACGACUUUUCGAAGGACGGAAUUGGCGAAAUCACUCUUGACGAGGCUCGUAAGCCAAUACUGGAUGUCAAGGGCCGCUUCAAAGUCGCCGAAGAAAUGUACCAAACACGAGAGUUAGUUUCAAAGCCUGUUGAUGGGAUGAUGAUGCGAGUCAAGAGACAUUAA